CGCGCUAUACGGUGGUAGGUCGUCAAUCUUCCUCAUAUUGAUUGCUAGAUACAAACUAAACAAGAUGGGAAUUCACAAUUUAGCUCGACUGAUUGCUGACAAUGCUCCACUGGCUAUGAAAGAUAAUGAAAUCAAAAAUUAUUUUGGUCGUAAAAUAGCCAUCGAUGCGUCUAUGUGCAUCUACCAGUUUCUCAUAGCAGUACGACAAGAUGGUUCUCAACUAACCAAUGAGGAUGGAGAAACUACAAGCCAUCUGAUGGGUAUGUUCUAUCGCACGAUCCGCAUGGUGGAAAAUGGUAUCAAACCAGUGUACGUCUUUGAUGGCAAACCACCAGACAUGAAAUCUGGUGAGUUGGACAAACGUAAGGAGAGACGACAGGAAGCUGAAAAGGAACUAGAAAAGGCCAAAGAACUUGGCGACAGCGAGAAUGUUAAUAAGUUUGAGAGACGACUUGUCAGAGUCACAUCGCAACACAAUGAUGAAUGUAAACAGCUGUUGAAGUUGAUGGGAAUUCCUAGUGUAACAGCUCCAAGUGAAGCUGAAGCCCAGUGUGCUGCUCUUGUGAAAGCUGGAAAGGUUUACGCUGUCGGAACUGAAGAUAUGGAUGCCCUGACGUUUGGAGGAACGGUUCUCUUAAGGCAUCUUACAUCAAGUGAAGCAAGGAAGUUACCUGUCCAGGAAUUUAAUCUCCCAAGGGUUCUGAGUGGACUUGAUCUCUCACAUAAUGAGUUUGUUGAUCUAUGUAUUUUGAUGGGUUGUGAUUAUUGUGGAAGCAUCAGAGGAAUUGGACCAAAGAGAGCCAUUGAUCUCAUUCAGAAACAUAAAUCCAUCGAUGAAAUCCUCAAAAAUAUUGACACAAAGAAACAUCAACCACCAGAAGACUGGCUGUACAAAGAAGCAAGAGAAUUAUUCCUUAAGCCUGAAGUUACACCAGGAGAAGACGUUGAUCUAAAAUGGACUGAGCCAGAUGAAGAUGAACUUGUCAAGUUUAUGUGCGAUCAGAAAGGAUUCAGUGAGGAUCGUAUCCGUAAUGGUAUCAAGAAACUGAUGAAAGGAAGGCAGGGAUCCACACAGGGAAGAUUAGAUAGCUUCUUUAAGGUUCUUGCCCCAACAGGUCCUACUAAGAGAAAGUCCAAUGAUGCCAAAGGAUCUCAGAAGAAAAAGGCCAAAACCGGAGGUAGUUCCUUCAAGAAACCACGAUAAGAGAUGGAUGAAAUGGAUAUUUUUAGCAAACUUUUACUGGCUUUGGUCUUAGGCAUAAGGUUAAACAUUUCCUUUCAAACUUGCAAUUUUUUAUAAAAAAGUUAGCAUGGUUGCGUGAGGCUGAUGCAAGAUCAAAUGAUCAAUAAAUUAAUGUCACUGAUUGGUAGCUCAAAAGACAUUCAGUACAUGUAAUACCUUGACAAGACAUACAUGUAUAUACCUCAAAGGCAUUGUACAUACAUGUAUAUAUGAAUACAAGUACAUGAAAGACUGUACAUGUACAGCCUAUAGGACACACCUCAAUAACAGCUCAGUAAUGCAGUUACAGGACAUGUAUCUGGAAGCGAGUAAUUCAUUUUGUUUAUGCAAGGUAAUUGACAAGAUACUGCAACACAUUUGCUCUGCACUGUAUUUCAAAUAACUUGUCCUAAAAAUGUUACCAAAUUACCAGUGUCAGUCAAAUGAUAUGAAGUGAUGAUAGUAUUUCUCACAAUGUUUAAUUAUUGUACAACACUAGUACUAGUUACAAAAAUGGGCUUUUUUGAAAUCCAACAUUGAUGUCUGAUGAAUGCUUUUAUAUGGUUUGAUAGUCUAACAACAUUCACAUGCAUCUGUUUUUCAAAUAAGUGCUAUAUAUUGUAUUAUCAACUGCUUUAAAUUCUAUGUUACAAAUAUACAGUUCAAUUUAUGGAAAAGUUUCCGUAUGGCGCCACCACUUUUUCAUUCGAUAUGAAAUAAUAUAGUAUCUAAUUUACCUCAAUG